AUGAAACGUUACGCCGAUCAGAUCAGUUUUCAUCAUCCAUUCAUUCAUUCAUCAUUCGUUUUUACUGCGGCUGCUACAAUUACAACUGCUGUUGCUACUGCUGCUAUUACUGCUUCAAUAUCUGCCGCAGUUGUGUGCGUUUUAGUUGUUGCGAAGAUUGUCGCCCACCUGUUGUCCAUAUUGCAUUUCGGACUACAUCAGUCUGAUCCAUUCCAACAAUAUCGGCCGAUCGUCGCUGUCCUUUUUGCCUGUCCUUAUCUGUACGAAAUUUCUGAUAACAUAUGCGACCCGUGGCUCGGAUCAUUUCCAGUACCGGGGACCGAUCCGGAAUCGGUAUCACAACGUUUAGAUCGAUUUAUUCCUCGAAAAUCUGCUAUUGCUGUUCAACUAUCAGUUUCGGUAUCUGGUGUAAAAGUUUGUGCUAUUGAUGAUGAGGUGAGACAUUCUAAUUUUCAACAAUUACAAAUUUUAAUGGAAAUAUGUUAA